GUGUUUAAGAUUUUAUUAGGUGGGGAGAAUGGAGAUAAGGUGGAAGCUGUUGUUGUUUGUCACACUGACACCUCUCAAUGGAGCCGGAAUCAUGUGUCUUUCCGUGUGCUCGGAAUUGAAGCGGGGACUCCUGGGGUGUGCCAUUUCUUUCCAGCAGACCAUCUU